GUCUCAACUUUUUUUUUUUUUUUUGGUUUAUUUUUCACCUCAACUUUUGCAUCACUUUUUUAUAUAUUACACUUUUGUUUUCGCCCCCCUCCCCCUUUGUGAUUUAGCCUGUUUCUCUCCCUCUUUAUGGAUUUCCUAGAGCAAGUAGCAUGUAGUGUUUUUUUUUUUGUGCUGUGAAAGUAGAAAAUCAACUGUCUGACACUAGCAGCCUCUUACAUGAGCUUCUCACAUGUUCCCAGUUUAUGAUAAUCAAAUGCAUAAUGUCCAGUGUUGAUUAUGAGAGGCCCAAUUUGUAGCUAAUUGCUGAAUAACCCCCCCCCUUGCAUCCAGUCCUUGGAUUAAGGGCUGACACUGACAAAGGCAAAAAUACGUCCUGGUUUUUUUUCUGCCUUUGCUUUGUAAUGUGAUUUUCCUUUUUCUUUUCGACUGUGCAUGUCAUUUGAUGGCGUCAAAUCUGGUCCAUUACCCACAGAAACACAAAGAUUCCUGCUCUUGAUAAUAACAAUGAUGUCAUCAUUAUCACCCCCAAUAACUCACACAGGCAGGCAGAGCUCCACCGACUCGAGCACAGACACAAUGGACCCGAUGGCCAGCAGUAACGUGACCAACAAGACUGACCCUCGGUCCCUCAACUCCCGCGUCUUCAUCGGCAACCUCAACACCCUGCUGGUCACCAAGGCCGACGUGGAGGCCAUCUUCUCCAAGUACGGCAAGGUUGUCGGCUGCUCCGUCCACAAGGGCUACGCCUUUGUCCAGUACGCCAAUGAGAGGAACGCCCGGGCCGCUGUGGGAGGCGAGGACGGCCGCAUGAUCGUGGGACAGGUGCUAGACAUCAACCUGGCAGGCGAACCAAAACCUCACAGAUCGAAGACAGUGAAGCGUUCUGCGGGAGACAUGUACAGUUCAUCUAUUGAUUUGGACUAUGACUUUCAAAGAGAUUACUAUGAUAGGAUGUACUCCUACCAGUCCCGGGUGCCUCCUCCCCCUCCUCCCCUGUCCCGCGCCGUCAUUCCCUCCAAGCGUCCGAGGGUCAGUCUGAGCGGAGGAGGGAGCCGGCGAACCAAAACCAGCUUCUCCUCCUCCAAGAGCAAAGACCAAAGGACCUCCCGUACAAUGAAGGUAGAUGACCUGCAGACCAUCAAGAGAGAGCUAACGCUGAUCAAACACAAGGUGGACUACUUGCUGGAUAGCCUGGAGCGCAUGGAAAAGGACCACAGCAAGAAGUCAGAGAUGAAGAGCAGCAAAUCGGAACCAGGUGAGGUGUCCUCCCUCAACUCCUCCACCUCCAGCAAGAAAGACGACAGCCUGAAACGGGACAGAGAGAGCCAGGAGCUGAACGACUCCGAGGAGGAGGGAGAUCUGCUGGAGGACGAAGACGAGAUGAAAAGCAGAGGGAGGGAGGAAGAUGACGAUGAGGACGAGGAGGAGGAAGGCGAGCAGGAGGAAGGAGAGGACGACGGCGAUAGCGCCAACGAAGAUGACUCCUAAACACUACACAGGCAGACAGACGCGCACACGCACACACACACACACACACACACACACACACACACACAUACACAAAACAAAUUGUGUAUGAUUGUAUCUCCGCACCAGACUUGUACACAGUGGUCAUGUGCUCAUUUCUGCUGAACUGACUGGACAUUUCUAUACAGUGUAUUGUAGAUAUUGCUCUCUCUCUCUCUCUCUGUCUCACACACACACACACACACACACACACACAAAAGUCAUAAAUAUGUUAAGUACUUGUUUCUGGGUUAUCCAGUUUUCUUUCAAGUUGGUAAUUUGAUGUUCUGAUUAUUUUUUUUUUUUACUUUUUAUGGACAUUUUCCAGCAUUUAAGAUAAAUGCAAACUCAUGUGUCAUGUUUAGACAAAAUUCAAGUUCAGUUUAGGAUAAAUGUAACAUUGUUUAACAUUGUAUGUUUCAACUCAGGGCUAUAAGCCACUCCAGUAUAGAACAUUAAAAAAAGAAACGUAAGGCCCUGUCAGUAAUUAUUUUUUAGAUGACUGUGUUGACUAAAUGCCAAGAAAUGUAACAAAUUACCACUUGGCAGUGGCUGACAAUGAAACAAAUCCAGAAUAAAAAUAUACUCAGGUGCAACAGUCAGGCUUGAGAUAAAAUACCAGACAUGGUAAUGCAUCCCAGCCUUGAAAAUGUAUAACAAUUCAAAUAUACUCCUGAUGCAGCUGCUGUACAGCUGCCUCCUAACCAGCAGGUGGCAGCGUAUCAUAACAACUGGCCACACAAAAGACCACAAGGACUUCUUUCUGUUGAUCGCAGAAAAAUCUUCAGCUUCUUCUUCUGUCUGAUAAGAACAUGAGCAUGUUACAAAACCUCACGUCGGACUGCGCAAAUGCUCAGACAAAAUCCUCCUGUCUCUUAAAAUAGUUUUGUUUUUUGCCGAGGCGUUGCGACCUUAACUGACCUUGACUAUGACUGUAAUGCAGUGCUACUCCAUGUUUGUCUGUUUCUGAUGAUGUUCUGUUUGUCAUUUAACUGCACUGGUGAAAGUGAAUAAACAUGUUUUCCAAGCUGGAA